AGAAUUGAUUAAGAAUAUGAUUUUAUUAAAUUUAAUAAACUAAUUAUUUUUAUCAUUUAUAGGCUUGCUGUACAAUAAGUCUUGCUUGUAUUGUAACUGCAGGAACAAAUAAUCGAGAUGUCCUUCAUCUGCCACUUGCUGAACGUAUCCGUUUUCAUAUAUUUACGUGUGUUUUUGCAUUUCUUCUAAGUGGAUCAUUCCUGUUUUUAGAUUUUUCAUCUCUUAUAUUAGCUCUUCCACUUAAUUGGAAUAUCAUUGAUGGGGUCUUUAGUUGUGUAUUGGGAAUUAUGUAUACAGCUUCCUCAUCUCUCUUACUUCAUGCAGAACAUCUUUAUCAAAGAUAUUAUCUACUUGUUGCAGACUGGUCAAGAUUACAAGUUGCUUUAUCAGCAGUAUUUGGAUUUAUGUGCACAUUGGUUUGUAUGUUUCUGAGUGUUCUUCGAUGUUGUGGGCAAGCAGAUAACAAAGUUCUUUGUGGAGAAAAUAAACCACCUGAAAACAUAAUGAUGUCAACAAUUGAAAGCAGGGCGUGAACAUUCAACUGUUUGAUAUCAUCAGGUUACAUCAGAUGGAGAAUAUUAUUUUAUGUUAUGAAGAAUCUUUACGAUCUAUAAAUAUAACAAUUUAUUCCCUAGAAAUUUAUUUAAAAAAUUAACAUAAUU